CUACUAGCGCCGAUAAUUAUUCUGCAUGAGAUUGUGACAUUGUGUAGGUAGCGAUUUUUGUUAGCCGAGGCCGUGGCCGAGGCAAAAGGCUCCUUCAUCCGUUGUUUGGAACUUGAAAAAAAUAGAAUAUUUGGCCAAGUCAAAAUAUCACGUACUCAAAAAUUGGACAUAAUUUAUCUUUAUAACUGCCGAAUCCAACUCAAUGUAGUUCUAUAUUGUAUAAGCUAAUAAAUCAAGGAGAUACGGAAGAUCGAUGGGAUUGAAUUGAUUAAUUUUAAACUUACUUGUAACUACUUAAAAUUCAGUGUGAUUACAUGAAUUACAAAAUUAGUAUUUAGUUGUAACUAUCUGCGCACUUAUUGUUUUCAUUUCUGAAGACGUGAAGAUGUAUCCUGUAGCACCACCUCCUCCACCUGGGCCUACAACAAACACUUCUGUUGGAGCCACAGCUAAUAGUGGAGGUAAUGUCACAACAAACACUAUUGGUAUACUUCCAGCUCAGCAAACCCACACACCUCCUCAACCAGUGGAUGUCCCAAUAUUUACUUGUCCAAGAAGACCCAAUAUUGGCAGAGAAGGUCGUAUAAUUGGGUUGAGAGCUAAUCAUUUUCAAAUAACAAUGCCACGGGGAUAUGUUCAUCAUUAUGAUAUUAAUAUUCAGCCUGAUAAAUGUCCUCGUAAAGUUAAUCGUGAAAUUAUUGAGACUAUGGUUCGUGCUUAUACUAAAAUAUUUGGAUCACUGAAACCUGUUUUUGAUGGUAGAAGUAAUCUAUAUACCCGAGAUCCCUUGCCUAUUGGGACAGAUAAACUGGAAUUAGAGGUGAUAUUGCCUGGAGAAGGCAAAGAUAGAAUAUUCAGAGUCGUUAUCAAAUGGGUAGCUCAGGUUUCUUUAUUUGCUUUGGAAGAAGCAUUGGAAGGACGAACCAGACAAAUUCCCUAUGAUGCCAUCUUAGCUCUAGAUGUUGUGAUGAGGCAUCUUCCUUCUAUGACUUAUACACCUGUUGGUAGAUCAUUUUUUAGUAGUCCAGAUGGAUAUUACCAUCCUCUAGGUGGUGGAAGAGAAGUUUGGUUUGGUUUUCAUCAGUCUGUUAGACCUUCUCAGUGGAAAAUGAUGUUGAAUAUUGAUGUAUCUGCCACUGCAUUUUAUAAAGCACAACCUGUUAUAGAAUUUAUGUGUGAGGUUCUUGAUAUACGUGAUAUAAAUGAGCAAAGAAAACCAUUAACAGAUUCUCAGCGUGUAAAGUUUACUAAAGAAAUUAAAGGACUUAAAAUUGAAAUCACGCAUUGCGGAACUAUGAGAAGAAAAUACCGAGUUUGUAACGUUACUCGUAAACCAGCACAAAUGCAGUCCUUUCCCUUGCAGUUGGAAAAUGGGCAAACUGUCGAAUGUACAGUUUCCAAAUACUUUUUAGAUAAGUAUAAAAUGAAACUACGUUACCCACAUCUUCCUUGCCUGCAAGUUGGUCAAGAGCACAAACAUACAUAUUUACCGUUGGAGGUUUGUAACAUUGUCGCUGGUCAGCGCUGUAUUAAAAAAUUAACAGACAUGCAAACAUCAACAAUGAUUAAGGCUACUGCUCGCUCAGCUCCUGAUCGUGAAAGAGAAAUAAACAAUCUUGUAAGACGAGCUGACUUCAACAAUGAUUCAUAUGUGCAAGAAUUUGGUCUUACUAUAUCAAAUAAUAUGAUGGAAGUUAGAGGAAGAGUAUUACCUCCACCUAAGCUUCAAUAUGGAGGUCGCUUAAGUUCUCUUAGUGGACAGACAAAGCAACAAGCUCUACCAAAUCAAGGUGUUUGGGAUAUGCGAGGAAAACAGUUUUUUACUGGAGUUGAAAUUCGUGUUUGGGCAAUUGCAUGUUUUGCACCUCAACGAACAGUUCGUGAAGAUGCAUUACGGUCAUUUACAUCUCAACUUCAAAAAAUAAGUAAUGAUGCUGGAAUGCCAAUCAUAGGACAACCUUGCUUUUGUAAAUAUGCAACAGGUCCUGAUCAAGUUGAGCCUAUGUUUAGAUAUUUGAAGUCGACUUUCCAAGCCUUGCAGUUAGUAUGUGUAGUCUUACCAGGCAAAACACCAGUAUAUGCUGAAGUAAAAAGAGUUGGAGAUACUUUGCUAGGAAUGGCCACUCAGUGUGUACAAGCUAAAAAUGUUAAUAAAACAUCACCGCAAACCUUAUCAAAUCUGUGUUUGAAAAUAAAUGUUAAAUUAGGAGGUAUUAAUAGCAUUUUAGUACCGAGUAUAAGACCAAAAGUAUUUAAUGAGCCUGUCAUAUUUCUUGGAGCUGAUGUAACUCACCCUCCUGCUGGUGACAACAAAAAGCCAAGUAUAGCUGCGGUUGUUGGAAGUAUGGAUGCACAUCCAUCUCGAUAUGCAGCUACUGUGAGAGUCCAACAGCAUAGGCAAGAAAUAAUUCAAGAACUCAGUUCUAUGGUUAGAGAACUUCUUGUAAUGUUUUACAAAAGUACAGGUGGCUAUAAACCACAUAGAAUAAUUUUAUAUCGAGAUGCCGUAUCUGAAGGACAAUUCUUACAUGUCCUUCAGCAUGAACUCACUGCCAUUCGUGAAGCUUGUAUUAAAUUAGAGGCUGAUUAUAAACCUGGUAUUACAUUCAUUGUUGUACAAAAGCGUCAUCAUACACGAUUAUUUUGUGCUGAUAAAAAAGAACAAAGUGGAAAAAGUGGUAAUAUACCUGCUGGUACGACAGUUGAUGUAUGCAUUACACACCCUACAGAGUUUGAUUUCUAUCUCUGUAGUCAUCAGGGAAUUCAGGGAACAUCUAGACCGUCGCAUUAUCAUGUUUUAUGGGAUGAUAAUCAUUUUGAAAGUGAUGAAUUACAAUGUCUAACGUAUCAAUUAUGUCAUACUUAUGUUAGAUGUACAAGGUCUGUUAGUAUUCCUGCUCCAGCUUACUAUGCACACCUAGUGGCUUUUCGAGCUAGAUACCAUUUAGUUGAGAAAGAACAUGAUAGUGGAGAGGGAUCUCACCAGUCAGGUUGCAGUGAAGAUAGAACACCAAUAGCUAUGGCGAGAGCAAUAACAGUGCAUGCUGACACUAAAAGAGUUAUGUACUUUGCAUAAAUGUUUAGAUACUAAACAAAAUCUUUAGGCCAAAGAUAUAAUCAGAAAUGUUUAACUUUUAUUAGAUUAUACAUGUUUAAAUGUACCGUAAAAAGAAUACGUAACUAAAUCUUAUAAAAGUGACGCCAAUUGAAAAAAAGUUAGACCGUAAAGCUGUAAAAAAAAGAUUUGAUAUGGGUGAACAGAUAAUUUUUGCUGAAAUAUUUCUGUGUUAUCUCUAUUUAUCAGAAAUACGGAAGUAAAUUGAUUUAUUAGGUUUUUGGUAAAUUAACAAUUUUCAAACUCUUUUGUGUAUAGUAAACAUUAUUGGUUCUGCAUGUAAAUGUUUCAUGAGAGCAUAAAUUUUUGAGAGAUUCAAUAACUAAGGAUUUUUAAAUGACUAUGUCGUAAUUUUAAAUUGUUCAAUGAAACUGAUGGAUUACAUUUACACAGAAUUUUUUCAUCAACAGUUGAAGUUUUUCUCAUCUUUUAAAAUAUCUGAAUAAUAUUAGUGUAAUUCCUACGUAUCAAAAAGAGUUUUCACAAUCGUGAAAUUAUUUAUCUUAGUGUACGUUAUUUCAUGGAAAAAAGUACUGUACAAAUACGUCACUUUUUAACGGGGCCAGUAAACAUUUAUUUAAUUUCAGACAAUUACUUACUUCUGAAACAAUACUAUGUCUCAAAAAUUUGAAAAGUUCUAACCAAUUAUUCAAAUAUCGUCGUUCUACAUUAAUUCAAGGAAUUUUUUUUCAUCAAAAAAAAUAAUUUUAAAAUGUGUUUCUUCAGUCCUAUUUUAAAUUUUUCUCACUUUAUAGGUGAAUCUGGUAGAACAAAAAAAAAUUAUUAUAAUUUUGUAAAAUGCAAAUCUACGGGUACCUUGAAGUUAAAACUUGUUAGUGCUACAUGUGUACUAGUAUCUACAUACUUCUGGAUCACUUUUUUACAUCGAACAUUAUGACACCGCUUACUUGAUCUAGCGAAAGCCAAUAAUAAUUUCCAUAAAUAUAUGUUACAUCACUUGAAAUUCACUUAUGUUAUUCCACAUGUUUUAGAAUUAUUUUCCUUACUUUUUCCUCUUUAUAUGUUAUUCUAAAAAAAAUUUCUUAACAAUAAAUGAGCCAUACAUUUUUAGUAACAUAUUGCUUUUAUGAAAGUCUGUGUUACAAUUACUCCACCAAUUUCGUGAUAUAAUACAACUUUGUCAGUAUAUUGUAAUGGUUAUAAAAUUGUUUUUAUAGUAUACAUUAUUUAGAGGAAUUUGAUUCUUAGUUUUGGUCAAAAAUAAGUUUGUCGUUAAAAGUUGUCAUAAAAACCAUUAGUCAUAAAAAGAUUUCGUGCUUAAAUUAUUUUAAAAACUUCUUCUGGUAAGAUUGACAAAUAACUUAUCAAUCUAAUAAAUUAAUCGUUAUCAAAUUGGUUGACACGAUGCUUGCAAUUUUUUUUUUUUUUUUUUUCUUUAAUAUUAUCUUUUUUUUGUGUGUAAUAAGAUUCCGAUUAUGGGACCGUAAGGGUUACUUUUGUUCUUUUAUGAAAUUAUUCUAUUAGCACCAUGUAAUGUCCACCUAAAAUAUUUUUUAUGAUUGUUUCUCAAAGUAAUUCAAUAAAACUGAACCUUUUUUCUAAUCUGUAUUUGUAUUAUCUGUAAUUAUAUUUUCUGAGAGCUGGACGGCACUGACUAAAAUUUUUUUUUAAGAUGAGUUACUUGCAGAUAAACGAAAGUUACUUACUUAAAAAUACUCUUAUAUUAUUUGAAGUUUCUACUGAAAUCUUACAAUUAGUUCUGUCAUCUAAAAAUAUUACGAAAUUUUCAAUAAAAGCUUAAUUAUUAAAA